AUGGAGAUACAGAAACAAAAUGUGAAGUGUUCGCAAUCAAAUUUUAUAACAAAGUCUUUGGUGGAAAAGUUGAAUUUGCCCACACGCAAAAUUAAAGUACCUAUCUGUGGAAUCGAUCAAAUAAAAACCACGAUCUCGGAAGAAACUUACAUUUGUCUUUCGUCGAAACAAAUGGAAUUCAAAACUAAAAUUCAAUGUCUUGUUAUCGAGAAAAUAACCGAUUUCUCCCCACAGGAAAGUUUUGAAAUUUCCUUAAAUAUUCCUGAGGUACCUCUAGCUGAUCCAGAAUUCAAUUUGGCUAGAAGGAUUGAUAUUUUGAUCGGUUGUUCCCUUUUCUUUGAUCUGUUAUUGUCAGGCCAUAUCAAAUUAGGAAAUGGGUUAACGACCCUUCAAAACAGUAAGUUAGGUUGGAUAGUAGCGGGAGAUGUGCCAAAAGUGCAGCGAAAGAGUCACAAUUUUCUUCUUCUCUCGGAAGAAGAUUCCUUAAAGGCUCUCAUGGAAAGGUUUUGGCGAAUUGAAGAAAUCUCAAAGGAGAAGAAUUGUCUGUUGAGUUCAGAAGAAAAGGAAUGCGAAGCUCAUUUCCAAAAAACGAUAAGCAGAAAUUCGGAAGGUCGUUUCAUUGUGAAACUUUCUUUAAAGGAAAAUUUGUGGGAAUUGGGCAAUUCUGAACAUUUGGCCCUUAAACGGUUGUAUUCAUUAGAGCAGCGGCUCUCGAAAAAUAGGGGUCUAAAAGAGGAAUACACGAAAUUUCUAAAGGAAUAUGAAAGUUUAAGCCACAUGAGGGAAAUUUCACGAAACGAAACUUGUAUCACGCCCAUUUAUUAUCUGCCCCAUCACUGUGUCAUCAAACCAGAAAGCUCGACCACCAAGCUACGAGUAGUAUUCAAGGCGUCCGCGAAAACUACCUCGAAUAUUUCCUUAAAGGACGUGUUGAUGGAUGGCCCAGUGUUGCAGAAUGAUCUGUUUUCAAUUCUUACUCGCUUCCGGAAGCACGAAGUAGUUUUGAUUGGGGAUUUGACCAAAAUGUACCGUCAGAUUUUAAUUCAUCCGGAUCAUGUCAAUUUACAGAGGAUCGUUUGGCGCGAAAACCCCAAUCAGAAAGUUAACCCAUUACAGCCCCGUGGCAACUUAAGUUGCCACGGCGCAUUCGACUACAUUCUAUGCGCACGCGCAUAG